CCUCCAAAUCGUAAACAUUUCUCUUCAUGCCUUCAUGGCCGCCUCAAAUCGACGAACUUGUGAUUUGGCCACAGCGAACUCCUCGUUAAUGAUUAAUUCGCAAUGAGACCAACGCACCGGAGAGCUUUUCCGAUUCUUUCAUUCCAGGAGAAGCCUUUUGAGCUUUCAUUUGACGCCAAGAGUUGAGCGUUUCCAUCAAAAUCCGAAACUUCUUUUCGUCAUGCAGCCCCAAAGGAGGAACCGAGGCCUCGAGUACGGCGUUAUUCUGCUCAUCAUGGAGCUGUUCAACGUCGGCGUGACCAACAUUCCGCCAGUCACGCUGCUUUCCAUCCUAGGACAGCUCGCGCUUUACGCCGGAUUCGUCAACGUCCCGUGGGACAAGUGGGACGUCUGCUUGAACGCCCGAGACAUCAUCAAAGGCAAAGAGUACCGGAGGCUGUUCCUGUCGGCCGUCGAGCACGGCGACGACAUGCAUCUUUACUACAACAUGCUGUCCUUCCUCAUCAAAGGACGCUCUUUGGAGCGACGAAUGGGCUCCAAGAACUUCUUUCUCACCUUGGCCGUGCUGACCGUCCUCACCAGUUGCUACUACGUCGGCAUGGGCUGGGCCCUCACCCAUUUCACCAACGAUCCGUAUUACAUGAAAGUCUGUGCCGUCGGAUUUUCAGGUGUCAUUUUUGCUCUGAAAGUUUUGACUUCGGAACAUCAGGAGGCGGGAAUGAAAUACGCAGUCUGGUCGGAGCUCAUUUUGAUUUACUUGCUCGUUCCCGGAUCGUCAUUCAUGGGCCACCUUGCUGGAAUUCUUGCAGGUUUAACCUUUGUCAAAACCAGAAUCGGCAAAUUCUUGAAGAAGGUGAUUGAAGGAGUGACAGGUGAUGGCUUCAAUGCAAACAACUACUACCAGCAAGCUAAUCAGGGUGCAGCGGCAGGACAAGGUGGCUUUUUCAACAACAAUUUCGGCGGCUUUGGAAACUUUGGUUUCCGGCGUCAGCAGCCCACGUACGGUUUCAGGCCGUAUGCAAAUCAGCGCCAACCCUAUGGGUGGAAUGUGAAUUAAAGACACUAAUUUAUGUGCGGAGGGGCCAAAAGACUGUGAUUUUACAGGAAUAAUUCUUUCAAACUGUGUUAAUGUUGUUGGGAAAAAAUGAAAAUCAAGUUAGUCAAUUUUCAUGGAGAACCCUAAGUUAUUCAAAUGUGUCAAGAUCAUUAAAUAAGUAAUAUUAAUUAAAACGACGAUCCAUGCUGGUUCGAGGAAUAUGAAAAAUUAAUGUUUAGAUUUGAUUUACUUAUUUAAAAAAUGCAUUUGUGAUAUUUAACAAGUUUAAAUACAAAAAUCAUGAAAAUCAAGUUUCUAUAAUUCAUCAUUAUGAAAUAGCAUGCACGUUUUAAUACAUGUCUGAGCAGAAAGCUAAAGCUGGUCAUGCCGAUGGAGGGUGAAUGUUUCUGGUUUCGCUUCUCCUCCAUCCCCACUCUUUCAGUUGCAAGUCUGCUUUUUGUUCUGUCUUGUUAUUAUCCUUAUUGUGUAAUUUUCCUCUAUACACAUACGUCUUAUUUUUCAGACAUGUCAUAAUUUAAUUGAUCCAAAAAUUAAAGAUAUAUUAAAUUAAAAU